UGCGACGUUGAGUGGAGUGAUUCAUUCCAUAGCGAAAGUACAGUAUGGUUUGUUUUAUUCGCCCUGCAACAGAAGUACAGACCAUUUAUAAAUCUUUUAAAUAACGCAUUUAAACAAGAAAGAACACAUCCGCCACUGUAACAGCAAGGCUAUUGCAAUAUGAAGUUACUCCAUAAAGAUAUAGAGAAAGAUAACGCUGGUCAAGUGACCCUAAUGCCAGAGGAGGCCGAGGACAUGUGGCAUACCUACAACCUCCUGCAGGUGGGAGACAGCCUGAGAGCCUCCACCAUAAGGAAGGUACAGACAGAGUCAUCCACGGGCAGUGUUGGCAGCUCCAGGGUUCGCACCACAUUGACAUUGUGUGUGGAGACCAUUGACUUUGACUCUCAGGCCUGCCAAUUGAGGGUGAAGGGAACCAACCUCGAGGAGAACCAGUAUGUUAAGAUGGGUGCCUAUCACACCAUUGAGCUGGAGCUCAACCGGAAGUUCACUCUUGCCAAGAAAAACUGGGACAGCAUUGUGCUUGACAGGAUAGAGCAGGCUUGUGAUCCGGCUCAGAAAGCGGACGUGGCGGCAGUGGUGAUGCAGGAGGGCCUGGCCAAUGUGGUCCUGGUCACCCCUGCCAUGACGCUGCUUAGGGCUAAGGUUGAAGUGACCAUUCCCCGCAAGAGGAGGGGAAGCUGCACUCAACAUGACAAGGCUUUGGAGAGGUUCUAUGAGGCAGUGAUGCAGGCGAUUCUCAGACAUAUCAACUUUGAUGUUGUGAAAUGUAUGCUGGUGGCAAGUCCAGGUUUUGUGAAGGACCAGUUUAUCAGUUACUUGUUCCGGGAAGCAGUGCGGCAGGACUCCAAGGUCCUGCUGGAGAACAGGCCCAAGUUCAUGCUGGUUCACUCCUCCUCAGGACACAAGUAUUCUCUAAAAGAAAUUUUGUCUGACCCAACUGUCACAAGCAGACUGUCCGAUACCAAGGCUGCCGGAGAGGUCAAAGCUCUGGAGGAUUUCUACAAGAUGCUACAACAUGAGCCAGACAGAGCAUUUUAUGGACUGGCACAUGUGGAGAAGGCCAAUGAGGUGAUGGCUGUUGACAUCUUAUUGAUUAGUGAUGAGCUUUUCAGGCACCAAGAUGUAGCAACUCGAAGUCGUUAUGUGCGGUUGGUUGACAGUGUGAAAGACAAUGGGGGGGCCGUCAGAAUAUUUUCAAGCCUUCAUGUAUCUGGAGAACAGCUGAACCAGCUCAGUGGCCUGGCAGCUAUCCUGCGCUUCCCCAUUGCUGACCUCUCUGAGCCUGAGGAGGACAGCAGCUCGGAUGAGGAAUAAUUGCAUCAUACACAUAUCAGACUUAACUGCAUUCCUCUCAGAGGACAAUAACAUACAGGCAGAAAAAUGUGUCAACUGUUCACACAUGCAUAAAGGAAGGUAUAUACUGGUAACACAUAAAGGCGCUGACUAAUUAUGUAUUUGGAAAGAUACUGUAGACGACCCUUACACUAAGAUGGAUGCAGCAUUGGGCAUGGGUGGGAUCAGGGACAUACAGUAACUCACAGUGUGUAGUGUUGGAGUAGAGGGGCAUUUGAACUGAUUGGCUGAAGAAGUCCCACUGCAUAGCUGGUUUACUUCACAGCUCCUGUGUAGAACUUACUAAAACUGAGUGCCUUCAGUAACUAUUGAUGAGCACAGUGGUUGCAAGAAUUUGUUGCACCUUGCACCUUUGUCCUGUAAAUGUCAACAUGAAUCAAACCUGUUAUGCAGUAAGGCUGGCUGACUUCUGUUCCUUAGUGCCAAGUUUAUACCAAACAUGCACAAAUAAUUCAUAAUGGCAAUGGUUUAAUAAGGAUAAACUUUGUCAAAUGAGAUAUUUAAUGAAAAUAAAUAUGUAUUAUUGCA